AUGGCGGCUACGUCCUACUCGACCGACCCGACCCUCUACCUCUACACCUCACUGACAGCCGGAUCAUCUCAUAUCAUUACCGCGACUUCAAGGCUAGAGACCAUCCUCAAAGCCAACAGGAUCCCGUUCCGGGCACUGGACUGUGCAACAGAUGAAAAAGCGCGUAUGCUAUGGGGCAGAAGAUCCAAGGGAAGAAAGCUGCCAGGCUUGGUCAAAUAUGGAGAGAUAAUUGGCGAUCUCGAGCAGAUCGAAGAAUGGAAUGAGUACGGAGAGCUCAAAGAGCAAAUCGCUGCCAAUCAAGAUUUUGGCAGCCUGACUGCAUCCACGACCUUGGCUCCACAAGUUCCAGUGACGAGCACCUCUUCAACCCCCUCGAGAUCAGGCCCUCCUUCGCGCGCUUCGUCUGAGACUCGCCACAUAUCGAUUGCGGAACCGUCGGAGAAAGAGAAGGAGAAGCAUUCCGCAGCUGGAGAUGCAAAGGCACACAAAUCGGCCGAAAACCCCAUGAACCUAGCCAUCCGUCAGUUGGGGGCAGAAGCCGCAGCCAAAGCAACACAAAAGAAAGGCGCUGCUGCCCAGCCGCCCAAAGCCGCAGCAGUGCCGGCCAGGGGACCGAGCACGACGGAUCAAGUGCCCACUGCCGCCGCUGACAGGGUGGGCACCGAGGCAGCGGUCGAGUCGGCCGACACGGCGGCGGAGGUCACGGCAGCCAGAACGCCAGCCCAACUUGCAUCCGAAGGCGCCGUCAGAACAUCCGUCGAAAAAAUUGCUGAGUCGGAAGACAAACUGGCCGCAGGCGCGGCAGAGGAUACAUCACCUUCAAAAGAAGAACAAAUUCUCGAAAUGCGUCGGACGAGCAGCGUCGCCAAAUCCAAGUCGAGGUUGAGUGAUGUUACACCGAUAGAAGAGAGCGAUAGGAUUGUGGCAGAUCCGGAAGAGACAUCGACUGCAUCACAAUCUUCGAUUGCCGUGCCCAAGGAUGAAGUCAGUGCCAGUUCUUCGACGAGUCUCCCUUCGCAGGCUGCGCCACGUAAGCAGCAUCGUGGGAGUGACAUUGGAGAAGCGUCCCCUGAGGAGAUUCGCGCGCUGGAGAAGAAGCUGAGUAUCCCAGAAGAGGACGACGAUGGGGAAGAUGCCGUCGAAACAACCCCGAGCAAAGCGGUUGAAGUCUCGAGUACCGACAAGGCGGAGAGCGAGGCCACAAAAGGCACGAAGCCACAGGAGACAGAGCCCAAGGAUGCAGACAAGGCUGGCGUCAGUGUGGGCGACUGA